CAGAGAGAGGAAGGCCAGUUUUACCUAAAUCUAACUUAUUCAUUAAGCUUUGUUGUGAUAUAUUACAUUUUUGUCAGAAGGAUGUGGGACAAUGAAGCAGUGGAACCGAUGGACACAUCAGAAACCCCAUUGUCUUGGUAUUACAUGGCAGACUGUGGAAGGUGGCACAGAUUUGAGGAUGACCCUGAUAACCCCCUGAGAAGUGAGGAUAUUGAACAAUACUUUGGAAGAAACUCAAAAGGGGUGUUACAUAAAAGUUCUUCGAAUUGUCACAUCAAGAUUGAUUUCUCAGCAAUGUUGUGGACCGACUACAUCACAGGAGGACAAAAAAGUAUCCAACGAGGCUACAACAUUGGAAGAAGUUGCUCCUGCUUCAGUGCUCCUCCUGUUCUCUGGGAAAGGGUUGACCCAACUUGUCCGUACCAGUUAAUCCCUCUGAGUGAACUCAGAGCUGAGUAUCAGACUGUGGCACAUUAUGUGAAGACGGAGGGGCUGUUGGGCAAUUCCAUUGUAUCAAUCAGCAGGAUACAGAAUAUGGAUUUAUGGGACAUGUAUUGUCUGAAAAAGAAGCAGUUAAUGAGAAUCCAAGGUGUCAAAGAAAUUCAGGAGAAAAGACUCUUUCAUGGGACCAAAUUACCAAAUGUUGACAGCAUUUGCAAGUAUAACUUUGAUUUACGGUUGUCUGAACAAGGCUGUUAUGGCCAAGGAAUAUAUUUUGCUAAACAUGCAACAUAUGCGGACCGCUACAGCUUGAGCAGCACGGAUCCAUUGCCGUUUUAUGGCGGGGGGGCACAAGGUCGACAGGGUCAAAACACUAAAGUCAUAUUUUUGGCUCGAGUAAUGAUCGGGAAAUCAACUGCUGGACAAAUGUAUUUCAGAAAACCUGAUCACGGAAGUAUCGAAAACUCUCAUGACAGCUGUGUGGAUGAUGUCACAAAUCCCAAGAUUUUUGUUAUUUUUGAUCCAAAUCAAAUAUAUCCAGAGUAUUUGAUUCAGUACAAUUGAAGUCAAAAGAAGACCUUGAGCAUGUGCAAUAUCAACAUGUCUACCUUACACUAGAGGUUGAAUUUUAUCACUUUUGUUUUGAAUACGAUAACGCUUAUGGCCACAUUACACAACUUUCUCUUAGAUCUUAAAACAGAGGAGCUUUAUAAAUAAAUUUCUUAUCAGAGCCAAUAAAAAAAACUACGUGUG